AUGACGGCGUCCAACUGGGGUCUCAUCAUGAACGUGGUCAACAGCAUCGUUGGCGUGAGCGUGCUUACCAUGCCAUUCUGCUUUAAACAGUGUGGAAUCGUGCUGGGAACGCUCCUGUUGUUCCUUUGCUCCUGGAUGACCCACAAGUCAUGCAUGUUCUUGGUUCACACAGCGAGCAAUACAAAGCGAAGGACCUAUGCUGGAUUAGCUUUCCACGCUUAUGGAAAACCAGGAAAAACACUAGUGGAGACUAGCAUGAUAGGCUUGAUGUUGGGGACCUGCAUUGCCUUCUAUGUGGUCAUUGCAGAUUUGGGCUCCAAUUUCUUUGCUCAGCUGUUGGGUUUACAGGUGACGGGCAGUUUUCGUGUGGUCCUGCUGAUUGCUGUUUCACUCUUUAUCGUUCUUCCUCUGAGUUUGCAGAGGAACAUGAUGUCAUCCAUUCAGUCCUUCUCAGCGAUGGCACUCAUGUUUUACACAUUCUUUAUGUUCACGAUAGUGUUGUCGUCCCUGCGCUACGGCAUAGUCUCAGGCUCCUGGGUGGAGCGGGUUCACCUGUGGCGCUUGAAGGGCGUCAUUCAGUGCCUGCCCAUUAUCGCCACCACCUUCUGCUGUCACCCUCAGGUGCUGCCGACUUACGAUAGCCUGGACGAGCCGUCCGUCAAACGCAUGAGCACCAUCUUCACCUCAGCCCUCAACGUAGUCACAGUCUUCUACAUCACUGUGGGUUUCUUUGGCUACGUCAGCUUCACAGAGAACAUUGCGGGCAAUGUGUUGAUGAACUUCCCUUCCAACUUGGUGACAGAGGUCAUCCGGGUGGGCUUCAUGAUGUCCGUAGCCGUCGGCUUCCCGAUGAUGAUCUUACCGUGUCGCCAGGCUAUCAACACCAUGCUCUUUGAGCAGCAGCAAAAAGAUGGGACAUUUGCUGCCGGUGGAUAUAUGCCGCCUCUACGCUUCAAGAUGAUCACCCUCAGCAUUGUGUUUGGCACCAUGCUGGGAGGCAUUCUCAUACCAAACGUGGAAACCAUUCUGGGGCUAACUGGGGCCACCAUGGGUAGCCUUAUUUGCUUCAUAUGCCCCGCCCUCAUCUACAGGAAGAUCCAAAAGAAUGGCAUAAUCGCUAAGUUGGUGCUUUGCGUGGGUCUUGGCAUCCUUCUUAUCAGCACCUUCACCACUCUAUCCAUCUCAACUCAGGACCCCGUCACCAAAGUUCAAGCUCCACCCCCUCCAGCACCUGACAAGAACAGCAUACCACUACAAGACAUCAUUGAACUGCAUGAGAAUCUUCCAAACAUGAAACCACUAGACAUGGGACAACCAAACCUUCAGGCAGCGAAUGAGCCACAACCUAACAAAAGGCAGCCGGUCGAACCUCCACAGAUUAAAGUACCAGAAGGACUACCUGACGACAAGAAGGAGGAAGAAGUUCAGUUGGACCGUCCUGAUGCUGGUGUCGCUGUGCCAGAGGCAGAAGCCCACCGCCAUGAGCCACCUAUCCCACAUGAUGAGGUCCAGAUAGAUACCAGAAAGAACAUUGCAGAGUUAGAGGAAGAGAAGCAAAAAGUGGAGAAAGAGCAGAAAAGAAGCGAAGAGCAAGGUGGAGAUCAGCCUGUUGCUAAAGGAGAGGAGAGUGCGGAAAAUGUACUCAAGCCAGCCGCAGUGGUUGUGAAGAAAGACGAAGUGGACCUGGGUGGUGGUGAAGUGCGGUCCAACGAAGUGCUUGAGAAGGUGGUCGAAGAAGCAGUGAAGAAUCAAGACGUUGUCCCCAUGAAAAAUGUUGAGAAGCAAGAUGUUGUGAAAGACCCAGUGGCCGCUCACGCCAAUGAAGAUUCGGUGGAGCAAGUACAGAAAGUGGACAAAUCUGCCGAGGCUGCUGGGAAACCGCCACCUGCCGCUGAAGAAGCCCCAGUCGCUGACAGCAAAGAUGCUGGAGAUGAGAAGAUGGACGUGAUAAAAAAGCUGGUUGCAGAAGGCCAGCUGGACCACGCAGUACUGCUGCAGGUCAUCAAAGAGCAGCAAGAGCAACAGAAAAGACUUCUUGACCAGCAGGAGAAGCUUUUGGCAGUCAUAGAAGAGCAGCAUAAGGAAAUCCACCAAAAGCAGCCAGGUGACCUCCAGGAGCAUGCGGAGGAGGUAGACGGAGGAGCUGCGAAACCCCGAGACGCAGGCCUGGGCUCAGAUGUGCAGCAACCCGAAGAAGCAGCAGGAGUCGAGCCUGCGGAUGUUAAGAAUCCAGUUCAAGUUGCAGACAAAGGAGCCGAGGUAGUAAAGUUAGUUCUUCCAGCACCUUACAAAGAAAACAACCCCGCAGAGUCCCAUCAGCAGAGUGAACUCGGAGCCAGAGGAGUGCCGUUAAUAAGGAAUAUACCUGAGGUCCAUCUGCCGGUAGCUCAAAAUGAGCCUGUGGCGAAAGUGCAAAAUGAGGAGCACAAAAUAGAUGAUGAAAAAGACAAAAUGGAGAAUAAGGCCCAGGCCAAACUGGAACAGCUUGAGAAGAAGGAGGAAGAGGAGCGGGAGAACGAGGAAAAGGAAAAGCUGGCUAAGGAGCGGGAAAAGGAGGAAAAGGAAAAGCUGGCUAAGGAGCAGGAACGAGCUCAGAGAGAGAAAAUAGAGAAAGAAGUGCAGGCCCGGGUAGAAAAGGAACGACUUGAGAGGGAGAAGCGAGAGAAACUGGAGAAAGAGAAGGCACAAAAGGAGAAAUUAGCCCAGGAGAAGGCUGCCGAGGAGAGACGCCAACAGAUUGAAAAAGUAGACAGCGCUUUGGUGGACAGGAAAGAAAAAGAGGCUCAGCUUGAGAAAGCUGUUGAAGCCCAAAAGGGCGGCAACGCCGCGCAAGGGGAUCUGGGAGAAGAGGGCGAAGCUUUGAAGAAAGGAGGACGAGACCUCAAACAGAAAGUUGCCGCUCAGGCAGACCCAGGAGAAGACGGCAAAGACGGGCCCGUCAAAGCCCAGGCUGGCCCUGGAGGCUCCCGCGAGAAUGCCAGGGACGAGGGAGAGCUGGAUCUAAGGCGGAGGCGAAGGGCUCUGGGACGCGGCCGAGACGCGGAAGCUCCAGAAAGGCCAGAUGUGCCCAGGGGCGUGCACGGGCUGGAGCCCCUCCUGGAGCUGGGGGGGCCCGACCUGCACGUAGCCCUGGAGGAGAAGCUGCUAGCGGGGGCAAUGGUGCACUCACGGCAGAUUAAGCAGACCUCAGAGGAUCAAGAGAUCAAAUAG